AAAACUUAUUCAAGAUAUGGAAGAUGGAACUUCAUUUAUUCAUAAACAUCCAAGAAAUGUGGAAAAAAGUUUACCAAACUCACUUAUUCGUAAGCAAAUUGUAAAAUUGGCUAAUAUGAAUAUUAAUCACUUUGAUAUAUUUAGUUUUCUUGCAAUUGAUGAAAGAGAUAAUGAGUUAGUGGCUGAAGCCAAAAGUUUACCAGGCCAAAGAAUAGUCCGAGUUCCUAAUAUUGCAUAUGCUCCUACUUCAGCUAUUUAUGACUCAGCUUCUAGAUCAGCUACUUAUUAUUCACCUCCUCCUCCUCCAGCUGCUAACUUUUAUUCUGAUGCUCCUCCAGCUGAACAAUCUCCUUCAGCUGCUAAUUAUAAUCCAAUUCUAGCUAAUUUUUUCUCUUCACUUUUGCCUCGUAAAGCCUCUUCAC